AUGUUAAUUAAAUAUAUUUUGAAAUAUGUAAUCCAUUUAUUUUCGAAGAGUUUAUCAAUGAAGAUAACCUCUAUUCACAAUAAUAACACUUGCAUCAAAGUAAAACAAAUGAAAUUUACAAUGAAUUUACUAAAAUUACUUCUUGUGAUUGUUAUAAUAUUAUGUGAUGAUAAAAACCUAGGAAGGUGUAAUAAAUAUAAUGUGCUUUUCAUUGUUGUGGAUGAUUUACGCCCGGCAUUGGGGAUUUACAAUGACACAAAUGCAUACACUCCAAAUAUAGACAAACUUGGAGCUAAAAGUGUCAUUUUUAAACAUGCCUUCACGCAGCAAGCACUCUGUGCACCCAGCAGAAACUCAUUUUUAACCAGCAGAAGACCAGAUACUCUUCACCUCUAUGAUUUCUACAACUACUGGAGGAAAACAGUUGGAGAUUUCACAACAUUACCUCAACACUUUAAAGACAAUGGCUAUGUGACCCAUUCAGUUGGAAAAGUGUUUCAUCCUGGUGUUUCAUCUAAUUUUACAGAUGAUUAUCCAAAUAGUUGGACUCUUCAACCUUUCCACCCUCAAACUCAACAAUAUAAAAACGCGAAAGUAUGUAUAAAUGACACUGGAACAUAUGCAAUGAAUAUUGUAUGUCCUGUGAGAGUUGAAGAAUCUCCAGGUGGAACAUUACCAGAUUUAGAAACUUUAGAUGCUGCUUCACAAUUUCUUCAGGUUUACAAAAACAAACCAUACUUUUUAGGCGUUGGUUUUCAAAAACCUCACAUUCCGUUGAAAUAUCCUCGGAAAUAUUUGGAUUUUCAUCCGAUUGAUAAUGUUUCAGUGCCGAGUUUUCAUGAGAAAUCAAUGCCGACAGUUGCGUACAACCCGUGGAAUGAUAUGCGACUAAGGGAUGAUAUAAAGAAUUUAAAUCUUGAUUAUCCAUUUGGUAGGAUACCAGAUGAUUAUACAAGAAAGAUUGUUCAAAGUUAUUCAGCUGCAGUGACUUAUAUUGAUGAUUUGAUUGGCAGUUUGCUUAAAAAGGUGAAUUUAGAUAAAACUGUUGUAGUUUUAUUAGGAGAUCAUGGUGUUUCCAUGGGUGAACACGGUGAAUUUUCAAAGUAUAGCACUUUUGAUGUUGCAACGAAAGUUCCAUUGAUGAUCUACAUACCAAAAUUCACUCAGAAAUCUUUAAUAUUUGAUCAACCGGUGGAACUUUUAGAUGCUUUCCCGACUUUAGUAGAUUUUACGGCAGUCUCAAAAGCGAUGGAUACUUGCGUAAAGACAAAAAUACCAAAAGAAAAGCUUUGCACUGAAGGCAAAAGUUUAUUUAACGAUAUGGUUAAACUAAAAGUCAAUCAAUUGAAUGAAAAUUCUAAACAGAAAGAUGAAUACGUUGCAAUCAGUCAAUAUCCACGUCCGGGUAUAUUCCCCACGGUAAAACCGGAUAGUGAUAAACCAAAACUGAAACAAAUUAAAAUAAUGGGAUAUUCUAUACGAACUUCAGCAUAUCGAUACACAGAAUGGAUUGGUUUUGAUCCAACAACUUUUAAAGCUAAUUUGACAAAUGUUUAUGCAAAAGAAUUGUAUAGUCAUGCUAUAGAUCCUCAAGAAAAUAUUAAUUUAGCUAAUUUACCUGCCUUAGCUGGUGUAAUGAAAGAUUUGCGUAGUAAAAUGCUGAAGAAAUUGAAUGUUUAAUCGAAAACCAAGUUAGUUUUGUUAAAAUUUUACAAGUUAAUUUUUUAAAAGAGCGUGAAAUGUAGUUUUGGUUGCAUACAUAAAUGGAAAACAGUC